UUGGCUGUCCAGGCAUGCUGGGAGUUGUAGUUUUGCAACAUCUGGAGGUCCGCAGGUUGGAGACCACUGCUGUAGACUGUAGAAAAUUAAGAAAAUAAAUAAAAUCUGAGACUCCUUGCCCCUGAUCACACAACAAGUGGCUGAGGGUUCUUCCUGGGUGUUUGGUACAGGUUUGCAGUUAAGACCAGUAUGCCGAUGACCUGUGUGGCAUAUGGAUGCAAUAACCACUUUGUCAAAGGAUGUGGAAAACAAUUCUUCAGGUUUCCAAUGAAGGAUCCUGACCGUUUGUCCAAAUGGGUUUCGGCUAUAAGACGUAAAAACUGGAAGCCUUCUGCAUCCAGUAGAAUCUGCAGUGAUCAUUUUACUGAAAUUGACUACAUGUUACGUCCAGGUGCCAUGGUCCCUAGACUUCGACUAGAUGCAGUGCCUUCUGUUUUUGAUGGAUUCCCAAACCACUUAAAAGAGCGACUUGAAAAGAAAAAAACUUUGACAAAGAAGAUAGAUGAACAAAUUAUUGUGAUUGGUAGUAAAAAUGGAACUCACGCUGCUGUUCAGACCUCAUUUGAAUCCAUAGAACCAAAGGACACAAAUGUAUCAGCACAAAAUUCUGAGAUUAAUGUAAGUCGAGUCUCAACACCAGAAACUAAACAAGAGACAGUGGUUAAACAGAUGGAUAUGAUUCAGUCCUGUGCAGUCCAUGGGUGCAGUAACACUUCCUAUGAAGGAUGCCAACAACAGUUUUUCAGGUUUCCAGUGAAUAAUCCUGAACUGUUGUCCAAGUGGCUUAAGGCUUUACACUGUGAAUGCAGCACGUCUUUAAGAUCCACUAGCAUUUGUAGCAAUCAUUUUACUGAAAAAGACUACAUGUUAUAUCCAGGAGAAACUGUUCCUCAACUAGCACCAGAUGCAGUGCCUUCUCUUUUAAUAAAAGUACCUAAAGAGAGUCAAGCAGCAAUGGAAUCUCAGGAUACACAUCAGGCUGACCCAACAGAGAACAGUGUAUUGGCAAAACAAACAAAAGGCCAAAUAUUAAUGUCAUCUAAAUUCAUCAAUCCCAAAGAAAGAAGUAACAAGGAGAGUUUAUCAGAGCAAAAACAACAGGUUAAACAUGGACCUUUGGAGAAGAGCAGUGCAGUGACCUGUGCAGUACAUGGUUGCAAUAGCGUCUUUGCUAAGGAAUGUGGAAAAAGAUUUUUCAGAUUUCCUAUGAAAAAUCCUGUGCGCCUUUCCAAAUGGAUUAAAGCUCUUCAGUACUCUAAAUGGGAACCAUCAGCAUCCAGCAGAAUCUGCAGUGACCAUUUCAAAGACAAAGAUUACAUUUUACGCCCAGGGAUGCUGUUACCCCAACUACGCAUAGGUGCUGUGCCUUCUGUCCUCAAAGCAAGGAAAAGUAGAAGAAAACAGAUAGCGGCAACAAACCAAAACAUUGAAUACUGUAGGUCUUCGGAAGUUUGGGAUGAAUUCCAAAAAGCAGAAAUACAUAGACCUUGUGACCAUACUUAUUCAGCAGUGCACAAUGAAGAAGAUUCUCCUCGUCUUAACCCAGAUACUGAGAAACUUAAGAAGAAAGUAAGAACCUUGCAACGACAGAUUCAGAGACAGAGGCACACAAUAAAAAAGUUAUCUGAAAGAAUUGCACAACUAAAGAACAAUAGUGCUCAGCUUCAACAAAAAUAGAGUGGUAACUUCAGGAGAUAACUAGUUUUUUGUACAGCUAUACAUCUUUUCUUUCUGAUGCACAUUUGAACAGUAGAGAGAAGUUUCGUGCUGCGUAAAGCAUGGGCAGCAUGAAACACAGACAAGCUCUUUUAUCACAACCACCUAUGAUUUACUAUGAAUUACUGUACUUGGAAUUUCAGAGUAAUCCUAGUUGUAACUUCAGCUAGAAACAGGGCUCUGUCUCAAGAUGGCCAACCUUAAUUGACAGAGAAAUAUCUGUCAGUUAUGAACAGUGCAUCGCCACCAGUGCCUCAUUCACAGCCAAAGUUACAGUAAUGAUUCCUCUGAAAUGACACAGCUAUAGAGAGUAAAUUAUCAUUGUGAGUAGGCAGUAGGUCUGUGUUUCAUGUGGCCAGUGGUUCAAGCACCAUGGAAUUUGUGACAGGUUCACUUUUAUGGUCUAUUCACACAUACAGUAUUCUGUGCAGAUUUGAUGCGCAGGAUUUUCUGCUGAAUGACUGAACACAGCUUCAAAUCCUGCGCAUCAAAUCUGGGCAGAAUACUGUACGUGUGAAUAGACCCUUAAGGUAAGGCUACUCAACACCUUAAAGUGUUACUAAUAUUUCAAGUCACCUUUCAAAUUUCAUUACCACACUUUCCCUGGUGAGUCUCAGGGCAAUAACAUUAUUAUUCCAACCCUUUGGGCAUUUCCCCCUGCGGGGAAAGCUCUCAACUAAAGUCCACCCCCCCCCCCCUAAAAUCAAUCUUUAUUGCUAUUAUUAUUAACAAUAUAUAUAAUAUGGAACACACACAGUUACAAUACUCAGUGUUAAGAUUAUUAAUGUCCUAAGUGAUCUCUCACAUCACUUAAUAACUGCCACUGCUCAGUGUACUGUAAGCCCGCUGGCGUUUUGUAUAGUAGCUGCGAGAUACACUGGCACUUGUAUUGUAGCUGACUGCCAAACUCCGAGGCAACACUGCAUAAAAUCCUGUAUGACCUCCCCAACGUUUCACCAUUAAAAAGGCUUUGCCAAGGGCUAUAAGGUUACUUAGGACAUUAAUAUUCAUAGUAAACAAUGAGUAUUAUAACUGUGUGUUCCAUAUUA